UCCUACAGAGAAGUAAGUUGAAGGCACAAUGAGAAUGAUGCAAGUAGGUAAUAAGCACACGAAGCCACACUUUCGCGUAUAAGGAGUACUAUUCGCGGGGAAACAGAGUUGACUGCAGUUAUGGGUUUCCGGGGGAAACUUUCGGCCAAGGUCACUUGGGUUUCGACAUGUCUUCUUCUCUUUUUCUCUCCUAAAAUGGUGAAGACCCAGAUGGCAGGUUGCUCUCUCCUGGGCUUAGGCCUCGAGCAAUGUCUCAAUCAAGGCAAAAACUCCAUCUCCAUCUCCAUCGAUCAAUCUUGCUGCAUUGUCCUCAAUCAAGCAGUUCAAGCUGCUUUUCACUGCCUUUGCUUGCUCCUGGCAUCCCAUAAUCCUCCCUUGAGAACCCCAUUGGUGUUCCCAUUAUCAUCAAACUGUUUCAUUUCCGCGCCUCCAUUAACUCAGUGCCAAGCUCUAGUACCAGUACUGCGGCCACCAGUACCUCCACUGCUGCCACCGGUAACUCCAGCACUCCAGCCACCGGUGCCUCCAGCACUGCCGGUGCUUCUUCCACCAGAUAUUCCGCAGGAGCCACCAGUGACUCCACCACACUUUCCGCAGGAGCCACCAGUGACUCCAGCACUGCCGGUGCUUCUUCCACCAGAUAUUCCACAAGAGCCACUGCAACCUUCGGCUCCAAAUGCUUUCCUUUUGCCCCCACCACCACCACAAGAGCUUCCACUAAAGUCAACUUCAGAUAAAAAUUCGACGGUGCUAGCAAUGCAGCCAUCCCUAAACAACAAUUCUGCUCCAGAUUUGAGCACAUUCAAGAGUGGAUACUUAUGGAUAUCAGAGGGACGUAAGAAGACGAUUUCAUUUCAGUCAAGACUCUCCGUGGCUGCAACUCUUUGUGCUUGUAUGAUUUAGUUUUCAGACUUUACAAUCAGUUUCCUUCUCAUGGAUUCAGUGUUUUUCAGAACUUUUAUAUCAAAUUAGCUUAC